AUGGCCAUCGCCAGCCAGCUCCCGCUCGACUACGAUGUUACCAUUGUUGGCGAGCACCUCCCGGGUGACCCGAUGAACCAUGAAUAUACCAGUCAAUGGGCGGGGGCUAUCUGGCUUGGAGUUCACGACAACAGUCUCCGAGAGAGAAAACUGCAACUGGACGGGUUGGCCGCGCUGUGGAAGCUGUCCGGGAGAUACCCCGAGUCCAGCGCGCGCAAGAUCAUGAUGAGAGAAGUCCAGGACUACGGAUCCGUCGACGACGUCUGGUACAAGGACACCGUGCCUCAGUUCCGUGUCAUGUCCGGCGACGAACUUCCUCAGGGCGCGAAGUGGGGCGUGGAAUAUCAGACGAUCGUCAUCACACCCCCGACCUUCAUUGCGUGGUUGCGAGGACGACUUGAAAGCCGCGGGGUGGUGUUCAAGCGGCUGAUCGUGAGAUCCCUGGCCGAUCUGAAGGACAUGGGACACGAUGUCCUGAUCAAUGCCACCGCCUAUGGCUCAGUCGCCCUUGAAGACGUGCGAGAAACGAGAAUGGUGACGGUGAAGCAACAAAACAUCCGGAUCCGCAUGCCCGGAUACAAUAGACUGUACAUUCGACGCGGCCAGCAGGGCGAAUACUACUCGACGGCGUUUGGUCGCGGUGAUGGAACCAUUUAUAUUGGUGGCAUCAGGAAGCUCGGUGUAAAGAACUACACCGUGAACGAGGAGGAUCGGAAGUUGAUUCUACGACGUCAGCACGAAAAUCAGCCAGACGUUUUCAAGUCCCCCAACCUCGAGGACUAUGACUUUAUCUGUGACCAUGUCGGUGUCUAUCCCUUUAUUCAACAAGAAAAUGGCGGUGUCCGAAUCGAGAAAGAGAUUGUGUCGGGUCAAAAGGUUGUCCAUGCGUACGGCACUGAGGCGGGAGGGUUUGUUUACAGCUUCGGCCUGGGUCGGGAAGUGGCCAGAUUGGUAUCUGAGUACGUUUUUGAGCCGCCCAAGGCAUCUUUGUAA